GUUAAAUAUGCCACUUGCUAGCCAUAGAUAUAAAGCUAGCGUUGUAAACGUAUUUGGUAACUGUCAAAAUUGCUUGACAUGCGUAACUUGACUUUGACGUUUCUUUUUUGAAUCGGUUUGGUGCACGAAGCUCCAAGAUCGCAAUGGCAAAACCCAAGGGAGAGAGAAAAGGCAAAUCUGCCAUCAACGAAGUUGUAACUCGUGAAUACACGGUUAACUUACACAAACGGCUUCAUGGAGUAGGGUUCAAGAAACGUGCUCCUCGUGCCAUUAAGGAAAUCCGUAAAUUCGCAGAGAAACAAAUGGGAACCCCCGAUGUUCGUGUGGACACUCGCCUAAACAAAUUCCUUUGGUCCAAGGGAGUCAGAAAUGUCCCCUUCCGCGUCCGUGUGAGGCUGUCUCGCAGACGUAACGAUGAUGAGGACUCAGCACACAAACUGUUCACCCUCGUGACCUACGUACCAGUAGCCUCAAUCAAGGGCUUGCAGACAGAGAAUGUUGACGCUAGCCAGGAAUAAACACUAAGUUUAAGCUAAAACUGCAA